GCCGCCCUCGCCACGACGCCAACUCGGGUGGUGCCGUGGUGGCAGGGAGCCAUGGCGCCGCCGCCGUCAGGGAAUCGCGGCCACGUUCGCGCGGGCCGCCCGCCUCCGUCCCAGCCGCCUAGGCGCCGGAUGGCGAGCCGGGACGCGGCGGAGCGCGCGGCUUUCUUCGCGAGGCGCGAGGCGGCCUCGGUGCUCCGGCGCGUGCUCCGCGGGGACGCUUCCAGGCGCGCCGCCGGUUCCAUCAAGUCGCUUGUGUACUCCCCCUCCGUCCGAAACAAGCGUGCCACCUUCGCCCUCGUCUGCCAGACCCUCAAGUAUCUUCCAAUUCUUAAGGAGGUUUUAGCAUCAAGUGGAGUACUAACCAGUAAAUGGAAGAAACAGGAAGAGUUAGUUUUUGUGACUGCCUACGACAUUCUCUUUGGUCAGGAAACAGCAACUUCUGGAUCCGUUGAGCAGUUAAUUAUGUUGCACAAAGAUACUCUCAUGGCCCUUCUUGAGAAAAUGUGUCUUAGAAGGAAGGUUCGUAGUGUCGAAGACUUGGUAAGCAAAAAAAGUACAGUCAAACCAAAACCCAGGUUUCUUCGUGUUAACACACUCAGGACCACUACAGAUUCUGUCAUUGAAGAACUGAAUAAAAUACACAAGGUUGAUAAAGAUGAUAUGGUUCCAGACAUGUUGGUGCUUCCGCCUGGAACUGAUUUGCAUAACCAUCAUUUGGUCACAGAUGGAAAAGUGUUUUUGCAGGGGAAAGCAAGUUGUAUGGUGGCAGUUGCAUUGUGCCCUAAGCCAGGCUGGAAGGUUAUUGAUGCAUGUGCGGCUCCAGGGAACAAAACAGUCCAUCUUUCUGCACUCAUGAAUGGAGAGGGGAGUAUUAUAGCUUGUGAACUUAACAAAGAGAGGACCAAGACCUUGCAACAUACUAUCCAAAGAUCCGGAGCAAAUAAUAUUAAAACAAUCAACGGUGAUUUUUUGGACAUCGAUAGUAAUGAUCCAUCAUAUGCCGAGGUCCGAGCUAUUCUAUUAGAUCCCUCUUGCUCUGGUUCUGGAAUCUCUACGGAGAGGCUUGACCAUCUGCUCCCUUCACACUCCAGAGGUGGUCAGGAUGAUGAAAGUACGAGUGCAAGGAUACGGAAACUCUCCGCCUUCCAGAGGAAAGCACUCUCACAUGCUCUGUCAUUUCCUUCUGUGGAGAGAGUGGUCUACAGCACCUGCUCGAUCCACCAGGCCGAGAACGAGGACGUCGUGAGCUCUGUCCUGCCGUUGGCAUCAUCACUCGGGUUCGAGCUCGCCACUCCGUUCCCCCAAUGGCGACGCCGCGGCCUCCCUGUCUUCCAAGGAUCUGAGCAUUUGCUUCGGACGGACCCGGAGGACGGCCUGGAGGGCUUCUUCAUAGCGUUGUUCGUGAGGGAAGCAGCAGCAGCCGAUGCUGUAAGGCCUAGCAGUGGUGGUUUGGCAGCAUGCAAGCAGGAGGCUCGUAGGAGGCGAAACGGGCUCAUGGCGUUCAGCUCGUUGAGACUGUCCAGGAUGGUGCUCUGCCCUACCCGGGGUACCUGGAGAAGAUGAGUGUCUCCUUGGUAACUUAAG